AUGGCCUCUGUCUUAGAGCUUGCCUGCAUCUACUCUGUCCUUAUCUUGCACGAUGAUGAGGUGACAGUCACGGAAGAUAAGAUCAAUAUCCUCAUUAAAGCAGCAGGUGUAAAUGUUGAGCCUUUCUGGCCAGGCUUGUUUGCAAAGGCUCUGGCCAAUGUCAACAUCAGGAGCCUCAUCUGUACUGUGGGUGCUGGUGGACGUGUCCCAGCAGCUGGUGCUGCACCAGCAAGAGGUCCUGCCCCAACCACCACUGCUGCUCCCACUGAAAGGAAGAAAGUAGAAACAAAGAAAGAAGAAUCUCAGGAGUCUGAUGGUGAUAUGGGCUUUGGUCUUUUUUUUUUUUCUUAUGUUUCAAAAGUGAGAAACCCUGGAAUUGAGUAA